AGAAAAUAGUUAAAAGAGGCGGAUCAAUUGGGACCGAGAAUUGACAGAAGAUUCGUGUUCAUUCUAGAUUGAUUUCCAUUGCUGAAUCCGCAUGCAAAUCCUUUCGUAAUUCCAACAGAUCAACGGACAGGACAACACAAAAGUUUAUUAAGCAAGGAAAAUUCGCGCCCCUUCAAAUCCCAAGAUCAUCCUUCUCCUGCUUUCUCGAUUAUAAGCUUGCCGUAAUCGGUACCCACUCUCCCACGAAGAUCAAUAACUGGGUUUCAGAAUCGAGAGCGACAGAGGAAGAUAAUAGAUAUUGUGUCGAACGGGAAUGAUGGAUCCGGAGCUGAUGAGACUGGCUCAAGAACAGAUGAGUCGUAUGUCCCCUGCGGACUUCGCCAAAAUCCAACAACAGAUGAUGGCCAAUCCAGAGUUAAUCAAGAUGGCCUCAGAAAGCAUGAAGAAUUUGCGUCCCGAAGAGUUGAGAUAUGCUGCAGAGCAGUUGAAGCACACCCGUCCGGAGGAUAUGGCUAAAAUUGGUGAGAAGAUGGCCAAUGCAACACCUGAAGAGAUUGCGACUAUGCGUACCCGUGUUGAUGCACAGGUCAACUAUGAACUGGGUGCAGCUGAAAUGCUGAAGACACAGGGGAAUAAGCUUCACAGUCAGGGAAUGUUCAAUGAUGCAUCGGAAAAAUAUUUGCUUGCUAAGAAAAACCUCAAGGGGAAUUCAUCUCCCAAAGGAAGAACACUUCUGUUGGCUUGCUCACUCAAUUUGAUGUCAUGUUACUUGAAAACAAAACAGUAUCAUGACUGCAUAAGGGAAGGUUCUGAGGUUUUGGCAUAUGAUUCAAGGAAUGUGAAAGCACUUUACCGGAGAGGUCAAGCAUAUAAAGAAUUGAGUCAAUUUCAAGAUGCUGUUUCUGAUUUGAGCAAGGCACAUGAAGUUUCUCCUGAUGAUCAAACUAUUGCAGACGUUUUAGUGGAUGCCAAGCAAAGAUUGGAAGAACAAGAUGGGGGGAGUGUACCCAAAGGAUUUGUAAUUGAAGAAAUAGUUGAAGAAGACAACCCUACAUCUAGGAACAUUUCGGCUUCAAGACCACAAGAAGUUGUUGAAUCUUCCAAGGCUGCUGAAGCCAACAAGCAGAGUAUAAAUUCUGAGAGUUUGCAGGCAUUGAAAGAUGAUCCAGAAGCUAUCAGAUCAUUUCAGAGAUUUGUUUCAAAUGCUGAUCCCAAUACUCUAGCUGCGAUGGGCUUUGGAAAAUCUGGAGAGAUAUCGCCAGACAUGGUAACUACAGCCUCAAAUAUGAUCAGCAAGAUGUCUCCAGAAGAUCUCCAGGAGAUGCUCAAAUUGGCUUCUUCUUUCCCAGAUGCGAACUCAUAUCUUAAGGGCGACAGUUUAGGUCCAAAUUUGGAUAAUCCAAGCGUGACCCCUGAGUUACUUAAUUCAGCCAGUCGUAUAAUGAGUAAUAUGCCACCUGAAGAUCUACAAAAGAUGUUUGGAAUUGCAUCAUCUUUGAAAAGGAGUGACUCUGCUUCUGCAGUAGCUUCCGGGAAUGACAAUGUACCAGAUUCUGAUACUCGAUCAAAAUCUUUUGGUAGUCAACAAUCCAGAGUCAGCGAAACUAAUAGCAUGAGCAAAACUAGUUCUUAUGGAGCGGUUCCAAAUUCAAGAAGCAGUUCUUCAAACUCAACUAUUCCAACCUCUUCUACUGAUAUGCAAGAACAAGUGAGAAAUCAAAUGAAAGAUCCAGCCAUGCAGCAGAUGUUCACAUCAAUGAUAAAGAACAUGAGUCCAGAGAUGAUGGCAAAUAUGAGCGAACAAUUCGGUCUGAAGCUUUCUGCCGAGGAUGCAGCAAAAGCUCAGCAAGCAAUAUCAUCUAUCUCGCCCGAUGAUUUGGACAAAAUGAUGCGUUGGGCAGAAAAGAUUCAAAGAGGCGUAGAAGGUGGAAAGAAGGCAAAGAGUUGGUUACUGGGACGUCCUGGUAUGAUUUUAGCAAUAUGCAUGCUGAUAUUGGCAGUAAUUCUUCAUCGGUUUGGAAUAAUAGGUGGUUGAGAGUCUUCGCCCUUCAUCCCUAUUUAUUUUUGUACAACUGCUCACUCGCUUAACCGUACGGGCAUAUGGAAAUUAACCAUUUUGUUUCUUCCUUCUUUUCUUUUGUUUUCUUUUUUAAUAUUUCCCCCCUACAUGGAUAAAGAUAUUGUGAUCAUUUAUGAUUUCAUUUCGGUCGGAAAUUCUUUUAACAUGUCUAGAACAAUCUUUUCAUUUCCAAAGAAUGAAGGCAGUAUUAGGAUGAU